UUUGCAGUCGGUUCGUGGUUCGUCACGAGUAAUGCAUCCGUUUUUGUUUUUUGUUUACGGCUUUUAAAGCUGGAGAAAUGUAGUUUAAGAUUUACUUGGCUUGUAACAUAUCCGGAUCAAAGGCUGCACGUAUGACUGCGAUCAAAGCGCCCGCCAGUAAUAUUGUAACAAACGCCAAGUUUUCUUCUGCUGGCUUUCGUUAAAGUGCCUGUAGCUUAAUUCCAGCUUCUCAGGAUAUGAUUCCGUAGGAUGGAAACAAUCGACGACGUGUCGGUUAGAGAGCAGCUCUUCCACGACCGGGUCCGAGAGAUCAUAAUUUGCGUUCAUCUUUUCGGCUGCCUGUACAUCUUGUCCUACCUCAUUUUGACGCAUUUCAAGAAGAAUGCGGAGUUUGUGACGGACGAUGUUGAAGAUGCAACUGUGAAUAAAAUUGCGCUGUGGUUGUGCACGUUCACACUCUCUGUAGCCGUGGGUGCUGUUCUCCUUCUGCCCCUCUCCAUCCUGUCCAAUGAAGUCCUGCUCACUUUUCCACACAGCUACUACAUGCAGUGGCUCAACGGCUCGCUUAUCCACGGUCUCUGGAACUUGGUCUUUCUCUUUUCCAACCUCUCUUUGGGCUUUCUCAUGCCCUUCACUUACUUCUUUACCGAGUCAGAAGGCUUUGUUGGUUCCAAAAAGGGUGUCAUGGCCCGGGUGUAUGAGACCGCCGUGAUGCUGCUCCUGCUCAGUCUGCUAGUGCUCGGUAUUGUGUGGGUGGCAUCAGCGCUUCUCCAUGAUAACGUAGCCAGGGAAAGUCUCUACGACCUGUGGGAGUAUUACCUGCCCUAUCUCUAUUCUUGCAUCUCACUGUUUGGAGUGCUGAUGCUUUUAUUGUGCACUCCCUUUGGAAUGUCCCGCAUGUUCAGCAUCACUGGAAGCUUAUUGGUUAAACCACGGCUGUUGGAAGAUGUGGAGGAGACCAUGAACUGUGCUGUGUUUGAAGAGGCUUCUCUCUCCAGAAAACUCAACAGUCACAGCGCCUCCUGCUGGCUGAACCUGAAUUUUGAGGCAGUGAAGAAGCAGUUUCUGAGCAUACAGGCUAGACGCCUGGCUUUGGAGACACGGAGGAAGGCGUCUGCAUGGCAGCGGAACCUGGGAUACCCACUGGUCAUGUUGCUGCUCUUAGCUUUAACUGUGGUGUGUGUGCUGAUGGUGUGUUUCCAUGUGCUGGAAUUGCUUAUCGAUGAGUCUGCCAUGCCAAAAGGAAUGGAGGACCCUCAUCUGGGUUUAGCUUCCUUCUCCAUGUUUGGCUCACUGGGGGCGACGGUGCAAGUUGUCCUUAUCCUCUAUCUAAUGGUGUCUUCAGUGGUGGGUUUCUACAGCUCUCCUCUCUUCAGCAGUCUUCGGCCUCGAGCUCAAGACACCAACCUCACGCAGAUCAUAGGGAACUGUGUCUCUCUCUUGGUGCUCAGUUCGGCUCUGCCUGUGUUUUCUCGUACUCUGGGAAUCACAAGAUUUGAUCUGCUUGGGGACUUUGGAAGAUACAACUGGCUGGGAAACUUCCACAUAGUCUUCCUGUAUAACGUGCUCUUUGCGGGUCUCACCUCCGCCUGUUUAAUCAAUACUGUCACGUGGGCCGUGCAGAGGGAACUCAUUCGUGCCUUUGGUCUCCAUCGCCUGCCUGUCACCGUGUCCCGAUCUGCGAUCCAUUUCAGGCUCUUGAUGGCAAGUGGACUCUCGAAAAUUCAGUGAUGUCCUGGUUCUUUUUUUUUUUUUUUUAAUCCAGUGCGAGGUUUCAGACGAACCUACGAGUGAAGGAGUAAAAGGAUCACCAGAAGGGCUGGUGGAGGAAUGAGUUGCAGUCUGCUGAAGGUCAAGGCUGCUGUGUGUAAAUUGAUAAUCACAGGACCUCGAGCGUUUACGCGUUCACAAACACGUGAAGUUCUUAAAGAGGUGUCGAUGCUGCCUUCACGUUCUCUAAAUCUCAUGUGUUUACAUUUUCUCAACAAAUGCCUUAAUGAAAAGUGUGCGCCGGCUGUCGGAGGUGUCCGACUCUGACACAGACGUUAACCGAAGCUAUUUCGGAAAACUGACCUCAAAACCCGACUGUCUUUUUCUUGUUGACCUCUAUACAGUAGAGCUCGGCCAAGACGCCUUCCUCCCGUCCACCACUAUUUUUAGUGUGCAUCCAUCUCACUGGUGUUUUUCAGUGGGUCUUAAUGACACUUUUUUUUUUUUUUUUGAGGAAGGCUGUUGCAGGAAACCCGGUCUGAUGAGAGAGGGGAGGAUACAGGAUGCUCCUUACGUUUAGAUGAAACAUUCUUGUUAGAAUGAAUAGAGAGUAAGUCUCUGUGUUUUGGAAAGCUCUGAGUUCGACAAGAUAGCGAUAAUCAUUUCAACACAAUUCAUGUGCACCUUAAUUUAAACUUGCCUUUAGGAUGUUUUUGUGACAAAUUCAGGUUUUAAAAACUGUCCUGGACCAUUGUAACUGUGAAUUAUUAUUAUUUUUUUUUAAUGUGGUAAAUAUCCAAUAAUCCAUGUGCAAUAAUAUUUCAGGAGUGUGUGUUGGAUAUGAGAUUAUGUUCCAUUAAUGCCAGGUGUAAAUACAUGACAUGCAGCGUCUAGUCAGUGAAAUGCUUUUUAAUUAUGGAUAAACAAGGAGAAAUGGCUUGCAUAACUGACAGUGAUGCUGCUUUUCUUCACUGGGACUAUUUCCAGUUUUUAUUAUUUAUAACUAUCGUUUUUACUUCACCUGCUGUAUCAGCAUGUUUUUAUGCAAAUGUUCUACAAGUAGUGGCCAGAAGGGGACACUCAUUUUACAAGGUUUUGUUUAAUAUGUCCUUUAUUUAUCCUCAUAUGCUAUGGCAUUUUUAUUGCUCUCGUACACUACCUUAUCGAUGAUGAGCUCACUUUUUCCACUGUAUGUAUGUUUGUAUUGCAUGUGGUUGGUGUAGCUGGUAAAAAGGCUGAAAGACAUUUUCAGCUGUUUUAGACAUUCUAAGGCAUAGAAAGCCAAUUGUAUGUAGGUAUCUUAAAUUAUUAUUGUUUUUUUUCUUAGUAAGUCACCAAAAAAAAAAAAAUUCUGUACGGUGACGAGGGUGGAAAAAUAACGAAUUUGCCAGAUGCAAUUGCACACCGUUUACAUUGUCUGUUAAUGAACUUUUGAAUCACACAAAAGAACAAUAAAGGUAUUUUCAUCUGUUUU